UUGGAAGAAUAAUGGUCACAUAUGAUGUAAAGCUGAACUCCUGGCAUUGUCCUUGUGCCAGGUCAAGAAGAUCCUGCCUCCAUAAAUAUAUUGCUAAAUGGCACCUGUUCCAGACUGAACAUCAGCUUUUCAGGACCGUUCAAAGCACAGAUCAGACCACUCCAGUUCAUGAAAGUGUAGAUGACACAGGCCUACUGUACCCCCCGACAAAAGAGCUGGAAUCUAUGAUUCGGUAUGUCAUGAACAACAAGACCAUCCCUGCAGCUCUUCCUGAGCACCUGUGUCUGCCUUCAUUUUCAAGCACAUACCCAACCAGCCUCAUUCCCGAUGAGAUGUUCUGCCACAGAUGUGCUGGAAAUGUACCUUUAUCAGACCCUCUGCUCAUCACAUCAAAGGCCAAAAUUCUUACAAAUACAAGAAUUAUCCAUGACGUUGCCACCUACUCAAAAUGUUGCCACCAGUGUGGAAUCCACUACAGGUAUCAAGAGUGGAAGGAUGGCCUGCAUAAUUUUAAUGACAGUGUCAUUCUUGACCUCCCUUUAUGCCUACAUCUUCGAAACAUGCUACAGGUCCACACUGCUGUCGGGAGAGUGGUUCAGUGUCUGGAGGUCACUAUAGGGGAACAGUUUCCUCCAGCCAAAACAGUGCUCCAUGCCUAUCUCCAUUUUGAGGCACUCACAGGUCACGAGUAUGAAUACUCUUGUGUGACAUGUGGGGAUCAUCCACCCAUUGUCAUCAUGGAUCUCCACAGAAAAGGAGCAUUUAACAUGUCAUUGAGUGACAUCAAACCACCACCAAAGGAUUUCAAUGGACACAUGGAUAUGGAUGACUUUUGGGAUAAACUGGCCCUGCAAAUGAUUGGUCGUGGCUUUGUAAAAAAACAGAGCGACAAUCCCUUCACUGUCCACCCCAAUUACCACUGUUGGGCACCAUGGAUUGGAAGAAAUACACGCAAGUCCAGUCAAUGCCUUAACACAGAGUUCCAAAAAAUCCACCAACCCAAAGAAGCUGAGCUUUGCGAAAUAACUGUCUCUGAAGAUAGACUUAAAAAUGAGCUUUAUAAGAAAAAGGUAUCUGUGAUAAGGAAACUGUGCAGGGAAUGUGGUAUUGAUGCCAUUGGCUCAAAAAGUGACCUCUUAGAGAGGCUUUCAUCUGAGAUGAAAUCUAGACAGACUUACGACAAAGUAUUCGAAAAGAUUUGGUGUGCCUCUGAGAGUCCGAGGGACUUUGCAGAUGUCCUCCUCUCAUGGAAACACAUACCCAACAUAGUCAUCUAUGAUUUCGCACGGGGACUGGCCACACACACCAAUCUUCGCUGUCCUGAGACGUUAAUCUUCACGCCACAUGAAGGUCGUCUAGCUGACCCAACAGAUGGCAACAUAAAGAUGGCAAAGGAAGGAAAGCUGAAGAUCUCCUUGCCAUGGCUUAGUAUAAAAAAACAAGUCCCAGACAGCCAUGGCCACCCAAUUACAGGCUCAGCAGAGCACUAUGUCCUUAAUGACAAAUUUCAUGAAGACAAUUCAAAAGACGAACGGGAUGCUCUCCGGAAGAUUGGUCUUGUAGCCCAACUUGCUGGUAAAGUGAAUAGCCAGGUUGCUGAGCAGUUCUUUAGCAAAUUAAAGAAAAAUAAUUACUUUCUAAAUAUGACCCUUCCAUCAACCCACGUCUUCCUCAUGAGAAGUAUCAUCCACCACAACAACAGCCAGAAGAACUUGAGAAGACUAGAGGCCUUCAAAAAGUUAUUUGGGAACAGAAGUGGUGCUGAACAUCAACCACCAGGCUGUUCUUGGUAA